GUGUGUGUGUGUGUGUGUGUGUGUGUGUGUGUGUUUUAACAGGAGAUGGUAAGCAAGGCCUUCACAAUCUGAAUAUGAUGGAGGCCGCUGGCUCCGAGAGCUCUCUGGACCUUGACAAUCUCAAACUGCUGGAGCUGAUAGGGCGUGGCAGAUAUGGCGCAGUGUACUGUGGCUCUCUGGAUGAGCGGCCUGUGGCUGUGAAGGUGUUCACUGCAGCCAACCGGCAAAACUUCCUGAAUGAAUGCUCCAUCUACCGGCUGCCGCUGCUGGAGCACGACAACAUAGCCCACUUCGUUGCUGCCGACGAGCGGACAGGCCCUGAGGGACGCACAGAGUUCCUGCUGGUCAUCGACUACUGCCCACAUGUGAGUAGUGGGGGGAGUAGGAAGUGUCGUACUAGUGUAGUGUGUGUGUGUGUUCAACAUAAAGACCACAUUAUGAUACCUAACAAUAAGAAUUUAGUCCUAGUUGAUUUUGGGAUACUGGUAACUGGUAAAUCAGUUCUUUAA